AUGUUGGCAUUGCUAAUUCUGCUACCUAUUAUUUCGACGGCAUUCUGGAUGACAGCCGAGCUGUUUCGGGUGGAUUGGAGGGAAGGAUGCCUGACCACUGCCGGUUGCUCUCAGCCUAGAUUCAAGGUACUUGAGAACAUGUUACCAAUUACUGAAAAGAUUUCUAUCAGCUGGCCUAUUUCGGAGCACUUUGUACAGGAUGUCUCACGGUCGUUUGUGUCUCACUGGGCCAAAGGUAAACCAGAGGAUCUGACGCUGUCAUGCCAAGUGGUCGGAACUGACCCGACCUAUGGCUUUCCACGAGUUUGCGAUCAGACGGCGACAAUUCGCGUUUUCCAAGAAGGAGUUGUUGAGGCAUUUGGCCGGAAUCGACGUUAUCAGGACAUGCCUACUACAGCUAUACCGGAAGAGGAGUUGGGCAAGAAGCUGAUCGAAAUUCGAGCCAAAUGCUUCAAUGCCACGAUAGCUGUGCGAAAGCAUACAGAAAGAUGCCCAUGGUGCCCGGAUCCCUCCGAUGUUACACUCAUUGAACAAAGGCUGCCAGAUGCCACCUCUGCCGAAUCAACUUCGAUUUUCUCACAAUUAAAUGGAGAUGAGAAGCUACUGCAUGUAUGUGUUCUGUUACUGGCGGGCAUUGCUGUCCUAGCAUCAGUGGGCUUCGCUUGUGUACUGGUUGCUUUUCUUCGGAAGAAAAGGACUCAUCGCCAUAUUUACGAGAAACCGCUGCAUCAUCCUUCCCCGUCAACUUGGAAGACCGAUGGACACGCCAGGUACAAUAUGCCUUGGGAGCAGACUCGUCCGCUCACUUAUAAGCUGUCAUCAUCGGCGAAAUCCGAGGCUACAACCACAUCGCCGCUUGACUCCACGUCGUCACUCGGUUCCUCGCCUCCAGUUGUCAUCCCAUAUGGCUUCCGAUCAGGAUAUACAAUACCGCAGACAAACCUUUAUCAUCACAUCUCACCUAACUCAUCGAUAGCGGAGUGCGACUCUGGGAGGGGCUCAAAUGAGUGCAUUGUCACAAAGAAGUGA